GUGCAAUUUUCCACUUUCACGCUACUAUAAAAUAUAAACCACGGAUUAGGGUUUGAGAUCUCUCAUACUGAGUGAAAGCAGAGCAGCCGUCGAAGACCACAGCAUUCUCCGCUGCUCGAUUCCAAACCCUAGCCAUGUCGUUGGUGGCCAAUGAAGAUUUCCAGCACAUUCUGCGUGUGCAGAACACAAACGUAGAUGGGAAGCAGAAGAUCAUGUUCGCCUUGACCUCCAUCAAGGGUAUUGGGCGCCGUUUCGCCAACAUCGUCUGUAAGAAAGCCGACAUCGAUAUGAAUAAGAGGGCUGGUGAACUGUCGAAUGCUGAAAUUGACAGCUUGAUGGUUAUUGUGGCAAAUCCCCGCCAGUUCAAAAUUCCUGACUGGUUUCUGAAUAGGAAGAAAGACUAUAAGGAUGGGAAAUUUUCUCAGGUGACAUCAAAUGCUCUGGACAUGAAGCUCAGGGAUGAUCUUGAGCGAUUGAAGAAGAUCAGGAACCAUCGUGGACUCCGUCACUACUGGGGCCUUCGUGUGCGUGGACAACACACCAAGACUACUGGUCGUAGGGGAAAGACUGUUGGUGUGUCCAAGAAGCGAUGAGCGUAAACUUCUAUGUUGGUUUUAUGGAUAAUUUUGUUUGUUUUAGGCUACCCAAAUCUAAGAGGUUACAUGUACUGAGUUUUAUUAUCUCUGUUUGUGACUUUUGAAGUUUGAACUCCACUGUUAAUUUUUAUCUUGAAUAUUGAAGACUCAAUUCGUUUGGAA